AUGAUUUUUAAACUAAUUUAAGGUAAUGUACUUAGGGAUUAUAUGGUUAUACAAAUAUUUGUGUUCACAAGAAUGAUCUUUCAACAAAAAUUUCUUAACAACUACUCCUUAACUUACCUUAUUAAAUUUUUGUACUUUGGACCAAGUAUUGUUUUCAAUAUGUGUCUCAUUCCUUUUUUAUUUUUUUUGAAUUCAAAUUAUGAAAUUAUUUUCAGAAAAUGUAAUGAAGUAACUUCGAUAAUGUAUUAAUCAAUUACCUCAUAUUUUUUUGAGUUCCAAUUUAUUUUCAGAAUAGAAUUUAUGUUUGUCCAUAUAAAUUAAUUCUUCUUUAUUUUUAAAUAUCUUUUACCGUCAUUUAUUCUUUGGAGAUGUAUAAAAUUGAAUCACAUUCAUGAUUGUAAGAUAAAUUAAUUUUAAAUAACAAUAAAUCUUGGCUAAUUAUUCUAACUCCAACUUAAAUGCAAGCUCAAUCGUUAUCUCCUGCAAAAUAAUAAAUAAUUAGAAAUAACAGCAAAAACAGCAAUAACAGCAAUAAAGUAUGUAAGAGUUCCACCUUCACAUAACUUAAUUUUUUUAGAAACUAAAAUGUCUAUGAUCAAGCAGUUGCGUUACCUAUUGAGAAUAUUAAAGGAAGGAUUUCAAAAGAGAUAUUUGCCUGAUGGAUAAGAUUGGAUUAUUAGGAAACCAAUGUGA